AUGGACAUGCAGGUACAUCAAGAGUUCACAAAAUGGGCUGUAAAUCAAGGUGUCAUUAUCAACAAUGUUUCGCCUUUCCGGUUUCCAGAAAAGGGUCUGGGACUGAUAGCGAACAAGAAUUUUGAGAUAGGUGAUACUCUGGUGCAGGUCCCCAUAAAGACACUUCGUAAAGCUACGGAUGUACCUUCUCAGUUUGCAGCGCUGGCACCUGAACUAGCUGUUCAUGCUCUUUUCGCUCUAUCUCUGGACUCGCUGCUCGGGCCGGAAUGGAAAGUUACCCUCCCUUCCCAACAGGAUAUGCAUAGUUCCAUGCCUUUAUUCUGGGAUCCCUCAUUACAAGAGCUUCUUCCGUACUCGGCCCGAGCUCUCCUUAAGACGCAAAUGGAGAAAAUUACUUCUGCUUGGACGAUCAUCUGCAAAGCAUUUCCCGAACCACCCAUAACCUACGAUGAAUUCAUGUACAACUACAGUAUUGUCAACAGUAGGACGUUCUACUACCUUUCACCGACCAUCAAAUCAUCUAGAUCACAACCACCACAAGAGAACCGUCUUGCAUUGAAUCCGUUCGCAGACUACAUAAAUCAUAGUUCAGAACCCACGGUUGAUGCAACUCUCAGUCGCGCUGGCUACACACUCACGGCCUCGCAACCCAUCAAGCAGGGCUCCGAAGUGCACAUUUCAUACGGAAGUCACAACAACGAUUUUCUUCUCGUCGAGUAUGGCUUCAUACUCGACGACAACCGAUGGGACGAGGUAACUCUGGAUCCCUGGAUAACACCAUGGCUAAACGGAGAGCAAAAAGAGCACCUCGAAGAGAUGGGGUUUCUCGGUAAAUACCUCCUAGAUCGAGACACCAUAUGUUAUCGCACGCAUGUAGUCCUCAGGAUUAUAUGUCUACCGAUAGGUAGAUGGAAAAGAUUCGUACAGGGAUCUGAGGGCGAAGAGGUGUCUCAGGAGGCUGCGGAUGAAGUUCUAUUGAAAGUACUAAUGGCUGGUAAGAUGGAGAUGAUGGAAAUAAUCAAAAAAAUAGACGAAAGCCAGGCAGGACUUGAAAGUCAAAGAAAUACGUUGACCAGACGCUCGAACCAAAUUGUUCUGUUGUUAAAUAGAGCGUUAAAUCGAAUUGGAAGCUAA